AUGGGUGCCGAGAACGAUGAGGAGAAAGAAGGUGCCGAAGAGGGACAGGCCAAGCCUACGAGGGCUAAAGCUAAGGCGAAGAGCAAAGGCAAGGCAAAAAGCAAAGCGAAGAGCAAAGCGAAGCAGAAGCCGCUAGAGCUCGAGCGAGGGGAAGAUGAUGUGAUGACGGAUGCGGCUGAGUUGGAAGACGAGGAAGAGGCCGAGCAUAAGAAAUUGGAGGAGGAGGAAGAAGCGGCUCCAAAGAAAAGCAAAGGCAAAAAGAAAGCAAAAACAAAGAAUGCAACCAAGGAGGAGGCUAAGCAGGACAAACCCGUGAAGCGCAGAUUGAUCUUCGAGGAGCAAGAAGAGGAAGUGCAGGAGAACGAUGCUGAGGAAGCUGAAGCAAAGGCAGAGUUGCAUGCUGUCGUGUGGGAAUGUGCUGCCGACCCCGGGGAUGCUAUGGAUAUCGUUGCCCAAGAGGCAGUGGCAACGAGCAAUAAAAAGAAGAGGAAGCUGAAACACAAAAAAGCAAAGUCGAAGGCGGUCGGUGUCCACACACCAGAGAAGAAGGAGGAAGAAGCCGAGGAGAAAGAAGAUGAGGCCAGGGUGCAGUUGCAUGUUAAAUGCCCCAAGGUGCUGGAGAAGGCAGAUAAGCAUGGCGUAUCCACGCUGGGAAACGGAGCCUUCUAUGUAUCCCCAGUGACAGCGGGGCGCAUUGAGGAAGUGAAUAUCAACAACCCCAAGAACACCGCCAACAAGAAGGAUGCUGUGCAGAUCAACUGGAAAAAAGGAGACUUGGGAGAUUGCCAAGAAAAGUGA